ACGGUAUUUUAUCGCAUCCAGUCCAUACAUUGUAAUUCACUACCGGGAUUCGCCUGCCUUUUCAAUCGAAUAACAUCUCCCAAAAUGUCGAUUAAAGUUGAAGAUGGUGUUUCGAAACAAAUAAUACAAGAAGCCGGCGCAGGUGCAGCCCAACUUAAGAUUGGACAAACUAUCACGGUCCAUUGCACGGGGUCUUUAGCAGGAGCAGACGGAGCAGGAGACAAGAAGUUUUGGAGUACCAAAGAUCCAGGACAGAAAGCAUUUACAUUUGAAGUUGGAAUAGGAAAGGUCAUCAGAGGCUGGGAUGUGGGAUGUUUGACGAUGAAAGUUGGUGAAAAAGCUGUACUCACUGUCCGUGGAGACAAAGGCUAUGGGAAAAGUGGCUUUCCAGCUUGGGGGAUCACUCCAAAUGCAACCCUGAAGUUUGAAAUUGAGGUCCUCUCGGCAGAGUAAAGAAAUCAUGUCAUCUGUAUCAACAAAUACAUAAUCUGAACAACGGUUUGUCAGGAUACUUUACCAUCAAGAACUCUUAUAGGUCAGACUGUUACUUAUUCAGGCUACUGGAGGAACGACCAUCCCAAUGUACCAUUGGAUUCAAAAAUAUGAGGCUUGUGAAAAUAAGUAGGUUUUUGUUAGGUUCCAGUCAUAAACUACUAGUAUCCAGGGGGCUUAUUCAUGAAGCAUUCGUAACUUUGCGAGGACGCUAACCUUUUGUUUGACAGACAGUACACAAUAGGGCAACCGCAAGUUAACAAUAAACUGCGCACUGCGUAAAGUUGCGAGGGCUUUGUGAAU